AUGGCAGACGAUGGAAUGCUCCUGAACUUUGCCAUUGGCGACAACGUCAUAAAGCCCGAAGCCAAGUUCAAGGGAGGGACGUGGCGAGACCGUUUAAGCGCAAAGAAGCGCUCGCAACACCUGCCCAAAGAAGGCGGCGGCGUUGCAAGUGCCCGCAACGCAGCCUCAAAAAACCCGAACCACAUUCAGGUCCCUUCAUCGCGACCUGCCAAGCGCCAAAAGACAGCCGGCGCUUUUGAUCUUGACUUAAACGAGGCUGAACGGUCCCGACCGCAGCAGCAACGGCAACAAAAGCCCCGCCAGAUCGUGUCGUCCCUGUUCUCCUUCAACCCGGAGCGUCAGAAUGCAGAACAGCCACAGCCGGAGGAGGAAGCGGAGGAGGCUAAGCCGACCAACGCACCGCUGAUUGAUGGGCUGGACACUUUUACGAACCUGGGUCUAUCACCGAAUCUCGCCGCGCAUCUGCUCACGAAGCUGGAGCUGAAGGCACCGACCGCAAUUCAAAAGAGCUCGAUUACGCAGUUGUUGAAGGAGGAAAGUGAUGCCUUUAUUCAAGCGGAAACUGGUUCCGGCAAGACAUUGGCCUAUUUGUUGCCUCUGGUGCAACGAAUUAUGGCUCUCUCGAAAGCGGCAAAUGACCACAAUACCCAAAACGGCGUACACCGUGACAGCGGCUUAUUUGCAAUUAUCCUGGCCCCGACACGGGAACUCUGCAAGCAGAUCUCUGUGGUGCUGGAAAAUCUGCUCCGGUGUGCGCACUGGUUGGUAGCGGGGACGGUGAUCGGAGGCGAGAAAAAGAAGUCGGAAAAGGCACGGCUGAGAAAAGGCUUGAAUAUCCUCGUGGCUACUCCAGGACGUUUGGUGGAUCAUCUGGAUAAUACACAGGUUCUGGAUGUCAGUAAUGUUCGGUGGCUGGUCCUGGAUGAGGGAGAUCGCUUGAUGGAUCUCGGCUUUGAGGAGGAGCUACAGGGCAUUGUCAGGAAGCUGGAUGCCAGACAACGGCCCAGUCGUGUUCCCGGGGUACCGACGCGCAGGACAACGAUUCUGUGUUCGGCGACGUUGAAGAUGAACGUUCAGCGGCUCGGCGAGAUCAGUUUGAAGGAUGCGGUACACAUCAAAGCCGACCCAGAGGACGAGGAUGGGGAAACCACGGCAAAAAGAAGCGAAGAGGAUGCUUUCCUCGUCCCGGCACAGCUGAAGCAGUCUUAUGCAAUUGUGGCAGCAAAGUUACGAUUGGUCUCAUUGACGGCCUACUUGAAGAGAACGUUCAUCCGGAAGGGUUCCGUGAUGAAGGCAAUUGUCUUUGUGUCUUGUGCCGACUCGGUGGAUUUCCAUUUCGAGGUAUUUACAAGGAAGGCAGCAAACCAAGAGAAGAAUAGCGACAACGAGGAAGAGGAUAACGAAGACAAGAACCUCGAACUAUCGCCCCAUGGCACCAUUGCUCACGCCACGGCCUUCUCCAACCCAUCGAACUCCGUCAUUUUGCACAGACUGCAUGGCUCGCUGCCCCAGCAAGUACGAACUGCCACCCUCAAAUCAUUCGCGAACAGUAAUGAGACCUCGGUGCUCAUUUGCACUGAUGUCGCCGCCCGAGGCCUGGACUUGCCCAACGUCGACCUGGUCAUCGAGUACGACCCCGCCUUCAGCUCUGACGAUCACCUCCACCGAAUUGGACGUACAGCACGUCUAGGCCGAGACGGCCGCGCCCAGAUCUUCCUGCUGCCGGGCAGUGAAGAGAACUACGUGGACAUCCUCAAACGCAGCUAUCGCGACGGCGGGAAAGCGCUGACUCACACUGACGCCACGGAGAUCCUAAAGCGCGGAUUCGGCAGCAACAACAAGUCCGACAACAGGAACUGGGAGGAGAAAGCCACGGAUUGGCAACUGGACGUGGAGCGCUGGGCGCUGGAGAACCCGAAGUACCUUGAGAUGGGGCGGCGGGCCUUCCAGUCUCAUAUCCGGGCCUAUGCAACUCACGUUGCGGCAGAACGCACCAUGUUCAACAUUAAGGAACUUCACCUGGGACACCUGGCCAAGAGCUUCGCCUUGCGUGACCGGCCGGGCAAGAUUAAUGUGCCUGGCCUACGGCCUGGAAAGGAAGACACGAAGAAAGAUUUCAGGGCGGAGCGGAGAGGAGUCCCAGGAAACAAGCGGAAGGCCGGUGGGGACGACGAUGGGCCGUCCACGACCACCCCGAACGAUGCCGCAAGGAAGAUGAGGGCCAAGAUGAGGGAGCAGAUGGCUGGGGCGAGCGAGUUCAACUUGGCUUGA